AAAUAAUUUCCGGUUUCGAUUUUUUUUUACAUCCACUGUAUUUGUUGUCAAAUGUAGCACAUGUUCACAUGAUUCUAUCCUUAUUUACUUAUAGCACAGAAUAUUUUAUCAAUUAGUAUCGAACUGGGUGCUUUUUCGAAAUAUAAAAAUGGUACAAUCUUUUUAUUUCUUAAUGUAAAUUAUUGAGUUAAGCAUUUUAGUAUUAGCAGCUAAUCGUACUUCAAUAAUUAGUUAUUAUUACAUUAUAAUUAUAGUUAAAUUAAUUUAUAAUUAGGCUAAAACUUCAAGCUUAUUAUUACUUAAUUAAUAAUGUCAUGUCUAUGUUCUCCUUAACUUGUUAAUUUUUUUUUCCGCCCUCUCCUUUUUCAACCUUUAUUCUAUAUUGUCAUGUCUUAGUCAUUGACUUGCUUUUCCUUUCUUCCAUCCCAUGCCGUAAUAAAAUAAUUGUAGUGUCUAUGACUAUGUCAAUGUCUAUGAGUCUAUGAUGUGAUAUAUCAUAUUCAUAUGACAUAUGUCUAGUCUAUAGUAUAUUGAUUAGUCUAUUGUCAAGUAUUGUCACUAUUCAAGACUUUACUAUUAUUUAUUAUUUAAUUACUUCUAUACUAUUGACAAUAUUGAUAUUGCUAGACUAUAUUAUCAAUUAUUAUUAGAGGUAGAGGAUCUUACCUACUAAGUAAUGGACAUGGUAUAAGUAUAGAGUCGAAGUAUAAGUCUAUCACAUUCCUCUUUCUGUCAUUUGGGAUACUAAAUUUCAGCUAAGUGUUGAUUGUUGUUGAAGAAGGCUUCUUGUCGUCCGACGGGUUCCUUGCUUUGUUACGUCCUGUUUUUUCCCAUAUAUACAUUGUUUCAAAUAUUUCCUAUUAAAAUAAAGAAAGUAGUUAAUGAAAUAACUAAAAAUGGCUAUUAUUUUCUUGGGUCUCUUUGAACAACCAAAUGAUUAUGAUCCACUGACUUGUUAAUGUGAUUUCAAAUAUAACAAUUUAAUUAGAAAUAUAUAUUAAAAUGAUUGAUUGCAGUCAAAUUGAAUCCUAGAGUCUAGGUAUUUUUUUUAUUUAACUGCUCUCUUUAGUUAAGUUAUUCAUGAGAAAUAUCAUUUUCUUUUGUCAUAGUUAAGACGACAGGCUCGAUUGAGAAGAGAGUAUAUCUACAGAAAAACAAUAGAGGAACGUGAGAAGACCAUCCAAGAAAAGAAGCAAAAACUUAAGAAUGCCAUUGAAGGUUGGUGGGCUUAACUAUGAAUUUAAGAAAAACAACAUUUUUUUAAAAGUUACUAUGAUGUCCAUGAUGUAUUGUUUCCCCUACCAUACAUUACAAGGUAUAUAGACCAUUCUAAAGAUGCCCCUCUUCAAUUCAUUUCAGAAAACAGGCCGAUUCCUACAGACCUCAAAGCUGAUGCCAUUUCUUUGCAGAAAACAUUAACAUGGGAAGAUGAAGGAGCUGAUGGUAAUAUGAUAGCUUGUUAUUCUGUUUUCAUUGUAGCCAAGUAUAACCUAUAUAGUUUCCUACAACCAAAAUAGCAAAGAUCAACCUAUAUGGCCACAUAAAAGCUAUAUAAUGGCAUAAAACCUGUAUAGCGACGUACAACUAAGCACCACCAUAAAAAUUUUUUAUGUGCAUUCUUAGGGACUGCAACAAAUCCUCGAGAUAUUUCAAUGAUAUUCUUAAAUAAGACAUUUAUUUAAAACUCAAUUCUGUCAAGGUCUGACCACAAGUGUAGAUGAUGAAUACAGGUGGGCUGGAGUGGAAGACCCCAAGAUUAUGAUCACAACUGCCAGAGAUCCUAGUUCAAAGCUAAAACAGUUUGCCAAGGUAAAUAAUAAUAAUAAAGUUCAUUUCAAAAACACGCUUCAUCCCCAAAGGCUCGAAGCGCGGUACAAAGUCAACAAAAAACAAAUCUAUGAUUUACCACAUUUAAAACAAACGCAACACUACAAAAACUAAUUACAAGCAUACAAUGUCAAAGUCUUUCUAGCCAUUUCAACCAUAAGCAACACAGCCAUUAUGCAUUAACUGGAAAAUAAGGUAGACAAUCAUCCCAGAAGGUGUUUGCGAAAUAGAUGUGUCUUUAGAUUGGUUUUAAAGGACUCCAGUGUCUGGUUAUUUCUGAGAUCGACAGGAAGGGCGUUCCAAAUUGUUGGACCAGCAAGUCCGUAAGUCUCAAGGCAAACACGUGGUGUCGAGAGUUUGCCACUAGCAGAUGAGCGGAGCUCUCUAAUGGGUACAUAAGGCGUCAGCAGCUCUUUCAGAUAGGACGGCGCCAGGUCAUGUAAGCAGCGGUAGCACAAAGUUGAGAUUUUGUACUCUAUGCGAGCACGCACAGGCAGCCAGUGCAACUCUCUCAGAAGUGUUUUUGCAUGGUCGAACUUGUGCUUGCGGAGAACAAUGCGAGCCGCAUUAUUCUGUGCUAUUUGAAUUUUAUCCAGGAGCGUUGCUGGAGCGUUUAAGACCCACCAUGAGAGAAUUGCAAUAGUCCAUGCGUGAUAGCACAAAUGCAGACAUCAGCCUCUUUGUUGCAUCAAUUGUUAGGAAGGACCUGAUGUGACUAAUCCUGCGCAGCUCCAGAAAAAUUGCCUUGCAUAGCAUGUUAAUAUGACUUUCAAAAGUUAGUCUUCUAUCUAGGUAGACACCCUGGUACCGCACUGUUUGAGCUAACUCAAUACGCACACCUGAGAGAGUAAUGGAUGUCGUGUUAUGUGCAGAUUUUUGCUUCAUAACGGUCGCGAUGGGGAGCAGCUCAGUCUUAUCAUCAUUCAAUUUGAGCUUGUUUAUGGUCAUCCACUGCUUAACCGACUCCAUUGUCUUCUGUGUCAUACUGACCAGCUGAGGGAACUGAGAAGGGAUCACGGAUUGAUGAAGUUGUGUAUCGUCCGCGAACAUGUGAUACAACAUUUCAAACUGCCUGAUCUCUGCACCCAGGGGCUGAAUGUACAUCGUGAAAAGCACCGGGCCUAGGACCGAGCCCUGGGGUACUCCAAAUUCGAUAUUAGAUUUCUCCGAGGUCAAACCCUUUGAAAUAACUGACUGCACCCGAUUAGUCAGAUACGAUCGGAACCAACACAGGACGGUAUCAGUGAGACCGAACGUUUGUUGCAGACGCAGGAGCUUUAAAUAUUGCUUUAAAAAAAAAAAAGGAAACAUCUCCUGGUGUUUUCUUAAAGUAGUGGAUCGGUCUUCAAACCCGAGUUGAGCAACUUAAUUAAGGUAGAUGUCUGAUGACACAUUCCCUUUAUUCUUAGGUUCUCACAAACCACUGUUUAAGUCAGUAUGCUAAUGAAAUCUCAAGGUCAACAUUGUGAUGCUUAGUGAAGAAAAAUGUUGGUUAUCAUUAAACAAGACAUUAAGGACAUCAAGUUUUUUUUGUUCAUGAAGCCUUCAGAUUUUUCGGAAGCCUUUUGUACAUUUUUUUUAAGCACUCAACAAGCAACUCAAUCAUUACAGCAGGAGCUGCUCACAUUUAUGGAUGUAUUAUUCUAAUAACUGAUUGCAACAAUUUAAUUUUAAUGACUAAAUGUAUGACUUUUGUAACAAAAUCAGCACAUCUUGCACUGACACGUAGCUGCUGGAUGGGAAUGAUGAUGAUGGACCAACCAUGUUUUCUUGUUGGUCUCCUUGUGAUUGAUGCCAUUCUGAUCAGAUAUCUCUCUUACUUUCAGGAAAUGAAGCUCAUUUUCCCCAACUCCCAGCGUAUCAACAGAGGUAACUACAGGAUAGAGCAGCUGAUGGAUGCCUGCAGGGCCAAUGACAUAACUGAUGUCAUCAUGGUCCAGGAGCACAGGGGUGUACCAGGUAAAAAAUUGAAUCUAGGACUGAGGGCCAAUGACAUAACUGAUGUCAUCAUGGUCCAGGAGCACAAGGGUGUACCAGGUAAAAAAUUGAAUCUUAGGACUGAGGGCCAAUGACAUAACUGAUGUCAUCAUGGUCCAGGAGCACAAGGGUGUACCAGGUAAAAAAUUGAAUCUAGGACUGAGGGCCUAUGACUGAAUCGGAUUGUUUGGUGGCCUUCCCAUAACUCUGAAUCGGAUUGUUUGGUGGCCUUCCCGUAACUCUAUACUGGAUUGUUUGGUGGCCUUCCCAUAACUCUGUAUUGGAUUGUUUGGUGGCCUUCCCAUAACUCUGUAUUGGAUUGUUUGGUGGCCUUCCCAUAACUCUGUAUUGGAUUGUUUGGUGGCCUUCCCAUAACUCUGUAUUGGAUUGUUUCUUCACAGAUGGCUUGGUGGUGUGUCACCUCCCCUUUGGUCCCACAGCAUUUUUCAAUUUGUCCAACGUGGUCAUGCGCCAUGACAUCCCUGAUGUCGGUACGAUGUCUGAGGCUUAUCCUCACCUCAUAUUUAAGGACUUGAAUUCAAAACUCGGCAAACGUGUGAGGGAUGUCCUAAAAUACCUAUUUCCAGUUCCAAAAGAAGAUUCCAGGAGAAUAAUGACAUUCUCAAAUGAGGAUGAUUAUAUAUCAUUUAGGUAUGUUUUUUUUCUUCAUCAUUCUAUAUACAUGCAAUUUUUAAUGCAAAGACAUUGUAUAAAGCAAUUAUCCUCUGCACUGAUCAAGAGACCGCCAGGAAUGUUGAGACCUGAAGUAGAGAGUAUACCAUAGUAUUUUAAUGUCCCAUUGUAUUACAAAUCCCUAGUUGGUUCCCAUCUGAGUUGAUUCCCAUGACUGAUCCAUUUAAUACUUUAUUCUCAGAAAAAGUAAUGCCAACAACACUUUUAUAAAACACUUCUUUGCUUAUGAUGUUUCCACAAACCAAGUUACACACAAUGAAAUCCUUAUUUCUGGUACAAAAUGGUGGACACCAUCACUUGAUUUCACAACAGAGGAGAACCUCUUGAGCAUUCCAAGGGACGGCAGCCCUGUGAGAACUAUCAACCCAAUAUUCUUCUGACAAUUACCCUUUAUUCCCUACGUUUUUAUCACGAUUCUCCCCUCUACUAAUCACAAAUUGACAUAAAACGACCGCUGACGGCCACAACUCACGAUCUAAAAACGUUCACACUAAACCCAGUGAUUCCCACACCUUGACACCUGGCCAACCCAUGUUUCCCCUCUUUGUCUCCAACAGGCACCAUGUUUACAAGUAUGAGGACAGGGAGUUGCUGCUGAAAGAGGUUGGGCCCAGAUUUGAAAUGAAAGGUUAGUGUCAAAGCCAUGGCCAAUACCGGUAUUGGUACUAAAACUCCUGCAGCAUGUGACAGGCCUUUCUAUGAAACAGGGCGAUGACAGACUUUAUUUUUCAUGAUAGUGCAGGGUUUCCUUUUAUAAGAUUCACUACAGGCAGAUGAUAGUCUUUUUGUUUCAAAUGCCAUUCAGUUAUCAGUAACACUGGGUUCCUUAUUUAAGAGUCAUGUUUCCCGAACCAAACAUUUUAAUUGUAGCAGAUAUAAACACUUGAAUUUCCUUAUUAUUUUUUAUGCAUGCAUAAUAUAAAAAAAAGCUUAGCAACCACAGACAAGUAUGAACACUGUGUUAUAUAGUCUACUUUAACUGGCCACUGCUUACUAAGGUAAAAACAAAUGUUUGACAUAACAAAGAUUGUCAUGAAAAUAUAUAUCUCUGUGUGCCUUGCCUCCACAGUGUACAAGAUCGUGCGAGGCACAGUCGACAAGCUGAGCACAGCUGACACAGAAUGGGUGCACAGGCCGUACAUGAACACAAGCCGCAAGAGAAAGUUUCUGUCUGAAGAGUUGUAAUCAGAGGGUCUGCUGUUUUACUGUACAUAUGUGGCAAUGUAGUUGGGUCGGGGGGGGGGGGAAGAUGAUAUUGUUC